AUGACUCGUCCUCCGGUUAUGCAGACCGCGUUUUCCCUUACAGGGUCAAUAGCUAUAGUGAAAAGCAUAGAAAGACUCUGUAGAGCACAUCUUCCGGAAAAUUGGAUUUCACAGAAGAAUUUUGAAGAUAGCGAGUUGGUAGAGGUCCUUCAAGAUAUCUCCAAUGCUUUUAGCUUUCAUGAAAAUGUCAACUUUGAUGAAUCCAUUGACAAUUUAACGUGGAAGAAAGUGGGUUUGUUUAUCCUACAAGAAAUAUUAAAUCUAGAUAUCAAAAUUUCUCUGGGAAUUUUAUUAUUGCUUCUGCUUUUACCACUAUUAGGUGUACUACUGCAUGCUGAGAUUACUGAUGAUAGGAAUGAUGAUAUGGAACCUCAAAUGUUACGCCAUUACGAUCCUGCUGAAAGAGCCCUUCUUCAAUUUGGAAAGAAUCAUUCAGAACCUGUACUAGUUAAGGAUCAUAUCAACAGGGGCUCAGUUUCUAGCAAUCGUAACACAAGGAAAAAUACUAAAAAAGCAGUGGUGAAACGACAAAAUAUAGACAAACCUCAAGAAGAGGAGGAGACGAAGGGGAAAGAAGAUUUGACCAAAGAAGGCAAAAUCGUUUCUUAUAUACAAGAAGAAGAUAUAUCUGAUUUCAAAGAGGAAAGUAACUUAAACAGUGAUGAAAGCCCUUCUCCUGUGGGUUUUAAACCAUCAAAACCUGAAGAGGAAAUCGUACAGACCGGAGAAUCAAUUCAAGACGUCGACAACAUAGAUAAUGCCGAAGAAGAAGCCAUUAAAAAUAACGAGACUUCUGAUUCCUUACUUGUUGAACACACUGAUGUGACUGGUUUUGAAAGCAGCGAUAAUCGCUUGGAGAACACCAUGAAUUUUCCUGAAGAGGUUCCUGAUUUGGUGGAGGCCCAAACUGUGAUUGCAGACGCAAGCUCCCAGUUUCCACCUGAUAAAUCUUCAGAUUCUCUUCCAUCAAUACAUGACUCUAUAAGUUCACAUUCAAACAGUGCUCAACUUCAUGUUCACCCUUCUAAGACGACCAAUUUGGAAGGUAAGGUUACAAACGAGCAAGUAUUUUCCCAACCAUUUGUCGUAAGCAAGUAG